AUGGGCAACGACACAGACGCUGCGCUGCCAGAGGAUAUCCCGACAGAUGUUUUCCCUCAUUCCAGUGGCGGUGGCGUAUUCUCGUCUCGCAUCCAGCAGCGACGAGUGUCCGUAGAUACACCUAAGGCUCCGGGAUCGAAGACCACAGACGUGGAGCUUGCAUCGAUCUCCGAGGAGCCCGACAUCAAUGAGCGGGACUUUCACAAGAAACAGGUAUUCAAAGGCUGGACACUGGCAUGGCUGGCCUAUCAAUCCAUUGGAGUCAUCUACGGCGAUAUCGGCACAAGUCCUCUCUACGUAUUUUCGUCCACGUUUAGCAGCGAGCCGAGCUAUGAGGAUAUUCUCGGUGCCGUGUCGCUCGUGAUUUGGUCUCUCACAAUCAUGGUCACCAUCAAAUAUGUCUGCAUCGUGCUCUAUGCAGACGAUGAGGGGGAGGGUGGUACUUUUGCUCUGUACUCACUACUGUCUCGAUAUGCGAAACUCGUACGACAUGACCCUCGGCAUACGAAUUUACUUCGUAUCCAGCGCUACAAUACCGAUGAUCUUCAGAAGCCUAAUCUGAUGACACGAAACUUCAUUGAAAGAAGCACAUUCAUCAAGGUUACCUUGAAGAUAGUGGGAGCUUUUGGGGUGUCACUGCUUCUUGCGGAUGGAGUCCUCACUCCUGCGCAGUCAAUUCUAGGUGCUAUUCAGGGGAUCACUGUCGUGAACCCCAACAUUUCGACCUCCACAGUCGUUGGAGUCUCAUGCGCAAUAUUGGUCGUAAUCUUCCUGAUUCAACCCUUUGGGACCAGCAAAAUUGCUAGUUUUUUCGCACCAAUUGUUAUUCUGUGGAUGAUGUUCAAUUUGUCAUUUGGGAUUUAUAACCUUGUCAUGUAUGACACAUCUGUGCUGAAGGCAUUCUCCCCUUACUUUGCAGGAUCUUUCUUGGGCGAUCCGGAUCUCGUGGCUCUUUCUUGUGUAUCCUUGCCUUCUACUUUCGGUAAAAUCCAGAUUCCUGAUUUAAAGCAUAAAACAACGAGUGUCUCUAAUGUUGUGGAACAGUACAUUGGCCAAGGUGCCUACAUUAGUCGCGUGCCAAGUGCAUAUGCCAAUCCUUUCUACCUGACUGUUCCACCGGGGAUGCUCUAUCCCAGUCUCGUGGUGGCAAUAUUGGCCUGUAUUGUUGCGAGUCAGGCUGUGAUAACAGGCUCUUUCCAAUUACUGUCACAAAUCAUGAAACUGUCGUACUUCCCUCAAGUGAAGAUGUACCAUGUCUCAAACACAUUUCAUGGUCAAGUUUACAUCCCACUUGCUAACUGGCUGAUGAUGAUCGGGUCCAUCAUUGUGACUGCGGUGUACAAUAAUACGACUGCCCUUGGUGAAGCCUACGGGGCGUGUGUUAUUCUUGUCUCCUUUUUGACUACCUGCAUGGUAACUGUUGUGGCGCUGAUCGUAUGGAGAUUACCGAUAUACCUUGUGAUCCCCGUUUUCAUAGUCGUCGCCCUUUGGGAUGGAAUGUUCCUUUCGGCUGCUCUUAGCAAAGUCCCACACGGUGCGUGGUUUACUCUAAUGCUGGCUUUGGCCAUCACCUGCGUCUUCAUGCUGUGGCGCUAUGGCAAGGAAGAACAGUGGAAAGCAGAAGAAUCUGACAACACCCCGCUAUCGCACACCACCAUCAUACAAGGGAACCAACUGUGCUUGAGAGGGGAAUCUGCAACUACAAACAUAACUCCCAUCAGCGGGCUGGGAAUCUUCUUCGACAAAUCGGGAAGUUCGAUCAACACGCCCGCGGUUUUCCUCCACUUCCUCCAAAAGUUCCACGCUACACCAGAGGUCUCUGUUUUUCUUCAUUUGAGACCACUGUCUCUGCCUACAGUUGCCCCUAGCGAGCGGUACACCGUGACUCGUUGCUACACCUCCGGGGAGGGAUCGGGUAGGAAGAUGAUUCCGAAUUGCUAUCGCCUGAUGAUCCGACAUGGAUACGCGGACGAGGUCAUCACUCCCGACUUGGGCACGCUGGUUCUCGACUUGAUCCGCACCUUCUUGGAUGGCAAGGACUAUGCUAAAGAACCGAGUGGUGGUUCAGAAGAAUUAACUAUGUUGCAUCGUGCGUGGAAUUCUCAAACUAUCUACAUUGUCGGAAAGGAACAGCUCAAGAUCCCGGCUCGUACGAAUUUCUUGCGACGGCUGGUCCUCUGGGCCUUUUUGUGGAUGAGGGAUUCUAGCAGGACUAAAAUCCAACACUUGAAUGUCGAGAUCGAUCGCGUGGUAGAGGUUGGAUUUGUGAAGGAGAUGUUAUGUUAA